AUGGAGCUUUCCAUCUGCAUUGUAGUCUUCCUGAUCCCCUCCUGCUGUCUCAGGGAUGAAGACGAACGAGUUUACAACUCUGUCAUCUCUGUGAACAAUGGAGGACCUUGGGGCUAUUGGGGAAGAAAAGAUUUCUGUCUAAAUGGUUAUGCUUCUGGUUUUGUAUUGAAGGUAGAGCCAUAUCAAGGUGGCAGACGCCACGAAGAUGACACAGCCCUGAAUGGCAUACGCCUGUUCUGUGAUACUGAUCAUACGUUUAUUUCAUCUUCUGUUGGGAAGUGGGGCUCCUGGUCUGAGAUAAGGUAUUGCAGAGACAAAUCCAAACUGGUGGCUUUCUCUCUAAGAGUUGAAAGACCCCAGGGACCAUUAGAUGAUACAGCAGCCAACAACAUUCAGUUCAUGUGUAGUAAUGAAGAAAUAUUGGUAGGCAACUCCCUUGAGUGGGGGGAAUUUGGUUCAUGGAGUUCCUCCUGCCCUUCUAAAAGUUUUAUAUGUGGACUCCAGACAAAGGUGGAUAUCGCACAAGGAUUAGAUGAUGACACAGCACUGAAUGAUGUGAGGUUUUUCUGCUGUGGUAAAUGA